AUGCUCCCCUUUGCGCAAUAUACGUCCUUCGGCCUAGCUCCAACGAAAGUCGCCUCUGCUGCUGUAAGCUUCGGAACUAAGGCCGCCGUGAACGCCGAAUCUGCCGUUGCAGCAGUGGCAGCAGCAGACACUGCAUACUGGCUAGCAGAUAUCGCUCAUCAAGGAGUCGCAGCUUUCAACCCGAACCCUUCUGGUUACCAAGUAUUCCGAAACGUGAAAGACUACGGAGCUAAAGGUGAUGGUGUGACCGACGACACGGCCGCCAUUAAUGCGGCCAUAAGCGCCGGUGGUCGUUUUAGCCCAGCAAGCAGACAAUCUUCCACCACGACUCCCGCGAUAGUCUACUUCCCAUCUGGAACGUACAUAAUCUCAACAUCGAUCAUUGAUUACUAUUUCACCCAGCUGAUUGGCAACCCAAAUGCAAUGCCCGUCAUAAAAGCAACCGCAGGUUUUGUCGGACUAGGGAUGAUUGACGGUGACCAAUACCAGAGCGAUGGAAACCAGGGCUGGACAUCGACGAAUGUUUUCUUCAGACAGAUCCGCAAUUUGAAAUUGGACUUGACUUCAAUCCCUGCCGGUACUGCUGCGACCGGUAUUCAUUGGCCGACUGGCCAAGCUUCUAGCAUCGAGAAUGUUGUCAUUGCUAUGAGUUCUGGUUCUGGAACGCAGCACCAGGGUAUCUUCAUUGAGAAUGGCUCUGGUGGCUGGUUGACCGAUGUGGUGAUUACUGGUGGCCUUUAUGGUGCCAAUAUUGGCAACCAGCAAUUCACAAUGCGGAACUUGGCCAUUUCGAAUGCAGUGACCGCAAUUUCUCAGAUCUGGAACUGGGGGUGGACCUAUCAAGGUCUGUCGUUGUCUAAUUGCACAACUGCUAUUUCAAUCAGCAAUGGCGGUGCCGGUAAACAGCUCGUUGGCUCGGUCAAUAUCCUUGACAGCACCAUUCAGAACUGCCCUACCUUUGUCGAUACCGCUUGGCAGACCUCGACGCUAUCAACUGGAAGUCUUAUUCUGGAGAACAUAAUUCUAAACAACGUCCCGGUUGCAGUCAAAGGCGUCAGCGGUACUGUCCUUGCUGGCUCGUCGGGUUCUACGACCAUUGGCGCUUGGGGACAAGGACAUAGGUAUACUCCAAACGGACCUACUAACUUCCAGGGAUCCUUCACUGCACCAAGACGUCCUAAUGCUUUGCUUGCUGGUGGAUCGAACAGAUAUUUUACCAAGUCCAAACCUCAGUAUGCACAAUCACCAAUAUCUUCGUUUGUCAGCAUUCGAAGCGCAGGCGCCAAAGGAGAUGGUUCAACCGAUGACACGGCAGCCAUCCAAUCCACAUUAACAUCUGCCGCGUCUGCAGGUAAAAUCGUGUUCUUCGACCAAGGAACGUACAAAGUUACCCGCACUCUUUACGUCCCGCCAGGCUCUCGGAUUGUCGGCGAGGCAUAUUCUGUCAUCAUGGCCAUUGGAAGCGUAUGGUCGAGCAUUACCAAUCCCAUCCCCGUUAUACAAAUUGGAAGACCUGGAGAAUCCGGUUUUGUUGAAUGGUCCGACAUGAUAGUGAGCACCUCGGGUUCCACGCCGGGUGCUGUACUCAUUGAGUGGAACUUGGCAGCAACAUCAGGUUCCGGGAUGUGGGAUGUUCACACUCGAAUUGGGGGCUUCCAAGGAUCCCAGCAGCAGGUUGCUCAGUGCCCAACGACCGCAGCUGUCUCUGCCGCCUGUCAGGUUGCUUACAUGUCUAUGCAUAUUACCAAAGCCGCCAGUGGUGUUUACUUGGAGAACGUUUGGCUUUGGACUGCCGAUCACGAUCUUGAAAGCCCAACUAAUACCCAGAUCUCUGUAUACACCGGUCGUGGUCUCUUGAUAGAAGGGAAGAAUGUUUGGCUAUACGGAACGGGAUCCGAGCAUCACUCGCUGUACCAAUAUCAGUUCUCAGGCGCAAGUUCGAUCGUGGGAGGUUUCAUGCAGACAGAAACUCCAUACUAUCAGCCAAAUCCCAACGCAAACAGUGGCCCAUACACUACCAACUCGACUCUCAAUGACCCCGACUAUAGUAGCUGUCUCGGCGGAAACUGCAACUCCCUUGGUCUCCGGAUCCUGAAUACCAAAGAUAUGAACAUCUACGGCGUUGGACUAUACAGCUUCUUCAACAACUACAGCACCACCUGCUCCACAUUCCCUCUUCCAGAGGACUGCCAAAGUAUGAUCUUCAGCAUCGAAGGUAGCACCAGUGGAUUGGUGGUAUAUGGGCUGAACACUGUUGGAACAAAUUAUAUGAUUGUGAAGGAUGACCCAACAGGCCCACGAGGAAAUGCCUGGGGCCGAUUUGGAAAAGAUGACCAACUUGGGACAUUGAACCUCCUCACUCCCGAGCGGGUUGUCGCAGCCGCAAAGGAAAUCCAAACUGGCGUGCGAAUCUCACUUGACUGGCCGUUGAGCAUGCCUUCGCAUCCUAGCUUCAAUCGUGAUCCAUUUAAGCAGGAGCUUGUUCUUCGGAAUCCGAAUUGUGUUUAUGACGAUAUCUUAACAUUCAAUAGUCAAGGGUCUACCCAAUGGGAUGGGUUUAGACACUACGGCCGUGGUGUUCUCCUCGACUACGCAGAAUGGGCCACCACAAGCCCAAUCUCUAUCUCCGCCCUCAACUCUGAGGCCAUAACCCUCGAGAACCUGAAGCGAGUAGUCAAAGAUCACAACCUCAAUUUCCAAAAGGGUGAUAUUCUAUUCAUCCGCAGCGGCUUCACGGCCGCAUACAACAAGCUGGACAACCAACAACGAAAGGACCUGGCACUUCGAUCAUCGCCGGAUUUUAGCGGCGUCGAAGCGACAGAGAGUAUGGUGCGAUGGUUAUGGGAACAUCAGUUCUCUGCUGUUGCUGGUGAUGCACCGAGCUUUGAGCGUGCACCUAUUAGAGGUGCCCAUGCGGAUCCGAAUUUCAAUUUGCAUGAGUGGGUGCUGGCGGGUUGGGGAACUCCUAUUGGGGAGAUGUUUGAUUUAGAGAAGUUAUCGGAGCAUUGCAAGGCUAUUGGACGUUAUAGCUUUUUCUUGUCCAGUAUGCCUUUGAAGGUUAUCGGCGGUGUGGCUAGCCCACCUAAUGCGUUUGCUAUUUUCUAA